CGCCGACAUUGAUUCCCGCGACUCGUACUGGAAUUCGCCCGGCCAGGCUUCACAUCCCGAGGCAUGGAGAAUCCAAAUCCGACUAGAGAGGAUCAGGAGCCUGAGGCUGCUAAUGGCCAGCGGAGAAACUCAGUGCCGCACUUCAUCUUCAUCAGUUUCAUGCUCUUCCUCCUCACCAAUCACAACGGAGACGAAUUCCUUGCGAAGCACCAGUAUCAAGACGCUCUUCAAACUCUCGAGCAUCAGCUCGGGAACUACAGUGCUUGGAUGAAUGGGACAGCUUCUAACUUUAGUCUCCCGGAACAGAGCCCCGCUAUUCCUGCACUGCUAUCCUACUUCAAUUUAUCGAAUGCCGCGCUCGACAUCACACACUCAUCUUAUUAUUCUAAUUCCACCGGCACAUUUCACGGGGACGUCUCUUUCUACAACAUCACACCACCGUAUUUGAAUGCUACCGCUCCCGACGUUCUGACGCCUUUGGCUACACAGUACAUGGGUGCGACGAACAUGAGCGAAGUCGCACUCAAAUUGGGGAAUUGGAAUUUCUCUGCCUCGGACAAGGUUGCCAUCAGUCUCGCAGAGAAGGCCCAGCUCUCCGGAACUGCACUCAUUCAUGGUAAGCUGGAAUUGACCGAUUCGAUCAAUGAACGGGAUCUUCGUCUUGAAUUCGAAGGGAUCCACUAUCCCGAGAACGGCACAAUGUACGCGAUCGCGGAGGGCAUCGGUCAGCACGUUGACAUCCGUUAUCUACCUUCGAUUGUACCGGCCUCAUCUCGAAACCAUACGGCUCAUGUCGUUGAACCAGAACUUGCCUCACGUGUCGCCAAGCUCAGAAACUUGAUUGACGCGGGAGUCAUCGAACCAGAGGCCGCUGCAGACGAUUCCGCCAAGACCGAAUGUUCUUUCUCGCUUUACCUCUCACUGGAUCCAGUCAAGGUCCCUGAACGUCUGUUGAGGGAACUGGAAGCCGAGACUCAGCAUCCGACUGGGGCAUGGACCGUGACACCGCCAGCCAUGACCCUUCGCGGACUUCUUCUCAGCAGGGAUUGUGGUAUCGUAUACCAAUUCCACAAAACUGACGGGGUUGGCUUGCAUUCACUCUUUCGUAAACUUACAACUUACGCCGGAACCACUGCGAUCACAUAUCUGGUCAUGCUCGUCCUGUUGUCCCGUCAAAUGCAACGCAGCCGGACUCCCUCGGGGAUCUCGCGUCUUUCGUUUUGGACAUUUCUAGUCCAAGCAACUGUCGAUUCGCUUUCUUUCGCUGGGCAUACCGUUUUUGCGCUGGUAGCUUCCGGGACACCUUCGUUGUCAUUGAUCGCCCCCGCUUUUCUGGCUUGUGUUUUGUUUGCCCACGAAGCACAAUUUGCCAUGUUGAUUCAACAAUUCCAAGCGCCUGAGAAUGCACCUGCACCGGUGCCUGUUGUGGACUCUCCAGCCCCGGAGAUAGGCUCCCCUCAGCCACCAGUUUCUCCUCCUGCGAUGCAGCCAGUUGCGCCCCCAGCACAGCCAUCCUUCCUCGCGUUUCUCAUCCAUCACUUGCGCACGGAUCCGCAGCUGAGACUUUGGAUUCUUUUGUUCGCUUUUCUGACGUUGAUUGUGCACACAAUCUUGUCGGCCACCAUGUCCAUGAUCUUUGUGGUUGUCUCGUAUUCCUCCCUGUGGUUGCCUCAAAUCGUUCGUUCUGUCCAACGAGGGAGGUCUAGUGGGCUCGCCAAUGAAUACCUGAUCGGGACGACCGUCUGUCGGCUCUAUAUGCUGCUUUACUUUUUGCUUUGCCCCAAGAAUGUGCUGGACAUCGAGCCUCGUCCUUGGGUCAUCAUACUUGUUCUACUCAUCUGCACCCAGAUGCUUGUCGUGAUGCUCCAGGAUACUGGUCUGGGGCCUACGUUUUUCCUUCCGCGAUCGGUUCGUAUCCCGCGGUGUGUAGUUCACAUGCUGAUGGAGCUCGUAGUAUGGGGUCGUACAGCGUUACGACUAUCAUCCAGUUUUUCCAAACCCAGACGAGGAGUCGGCGCAGUCCUCGUUGGGAGACUGCUCCAUCUGCAUGGAUGCCAUCAUGGUUGAGCGCGGACGGUCCCUGGACCAGGACAAGUCUGGCAGCAUCAUGAGCGCUGUGCAGAUCGGUGUCGAGAAUGUCUCCGCGCGGAAAAACUACAGUCUCGCUCCUUGUCAUCACCUUUUCCAUACAGAUUGUCUGGAAAGAUGGCUUGCGAUCAAGAACAUAUGUCCCCAGUGUCGUCGGCCGCUACCCCCGCUAUGAAACUUUGCUCUCUGUAUUUACAUCUGUAACAUUGCAUAUCAUUUGGCCGUGGCUUUGGUCAAGCAAGUUUGCCCGCAGUACCCUAGUUUGCCGACCUGUGGACGUCGCCGGCAUUGCUGAUCAUGGGUCAGUCGCGAAAUGGCGUCCAAAAUUAACUCACAGGGCAAAGAGGAGGGAUGUGCAUAAUGUCAGCUUUGAGACAUACAGUGCCACAGUAUAAAGACUCUGCUAUCCGCGGUUUUUUGCCACAGUUCUACGUCCAGGGCCGUAAGGAUUCAAUUAUCAGGAUCAGUUACGACCCAACUCGGACCUUGCAUUGUGUUAUCGUCCUCGUCGGCGUCUUCAAACCACCCAAACGUUCUCGCACACGCUCCAGCGCGCGCCCGUACUCAUUCGAGCCGAGAAGGUCAGAGCCAACACCCCAGAACGAGUCUGUCGUCGAAUCUUGAUACAACUCGGCAUCGUCCGUCGCGAGCAGCACGGCUUUCGCAGCCGCAUGUUGAGAAAAUCGGAGGAACAGUGCCUCCUCCAUCUGAAGGAAUCAAUCCAUUUGUCGCGUGCGCACGGCGUCGGUCGUACCAUGGAUAUGUUCACAGAGAACCAAUCGGAGCGUGCAGAGCUCUGGUGGGCAUGUGCUAUCUUGAACGCCCCGUCAGCAGUCGCCUCCUUGCGUACGGCUUCCGCUAGAUCGGGUCGGAUGCCAAGGAACUAUCUAUGGACGUCAGCGCUUGAGCGCUCUGCUGAGAGAUGACGCCGGAACCUUGAGCCCUUGGAAGAGAUGCUGCGAGGUAGGCCAUCUGAGUCCCUGGUGUUCCACCUCUUGAAGCGCGAAUUGGUCAAGCUCUGGGUGAGGCCCUCGCGACCCGAAAAGGAUCUUCUCUCUUGCGUGUCUAGGCAGCCGAGAUUUGUUUGAGGGUGUGGCCGGUUGACUCGACGAUGACGACGCCUCAAGCGAGAAUUUUACCUGCCGCGGGGUGUCUUCGAGCCUCGGCUUCUUGGCCGAUCGGUCUUUCUUAGCGGGCGCACGGGCGAAUGCUUGUGCUAGGGUCAGUUGAGGCAUGGUGGUCAGGAUAGGCACUCAGACGCG